CUUUUCAAGCAUUGUAUUACAUGGUCCCAUCGUGUACGUGUGCACUGGUCAGAGGGGACACUCCAUUGAGUGCAUGGACUGUUGCUGGAAAUUUAAACCGCACGAACCUCAUCCUUUUCCUUAACUUCUUCCCAUGUAAAUUGGUGGAAACGUGUCGUUCAUCCGCAGCCUCUGUCUCGACUGUAGCGAUCUCGUCAAAUCUGUGGAAAAAUUUUCCACCAUAUCCGCACUAACCAUCUUCGCGCGACACAUGCCCUCUCCCCACUCCAUCUGCACUGUCUCCUCCCAUCUUUUGGAAGCGAUGGAAACGGCAUAGAAUCUGUUGGCGGAGGAAUAUACAUUGUAUCGUCGAACCAUCGUCUCCAGCCUCGUCUCGUUGAUCCUUCAAUCCGAGCGAGCGAGCGAGCGAGAGACCGCGAACAUAGCUGGAUGGAGUGCAGAGUUUCCAGCACCAGCGGUUUGUUCUUGGGUGUGUUCUGGAAUUUGGUCUCCGUUCGAUCUUGGCCGUGAUCUGCCCAUGAUUUCUUGCGUUCCUGGGGGAUUACCGGAGACUGUUUAUCUCCGAGCAGGGGUCUUCUCCGAUUUCGAAAUUCUUUAGCCGCUGUUACCCGUGCAAGAAUCCAUCUCUUCUGGUUUUUCUCUUCGUGUUUAGAUGAGUCGGGCUCGGAUGGAUCCAAGUCACGACCCGCUCAAACCCUCCAGCACCAAGUUUCUCUUCAACCCGGAUGCGCCGCGCGAAGUUCUCGCUCUCUGCUGGAGAAUUACGUUGCUGAGUUGCCUCGCCGGUUCAAUCUCGCUCGUCCUCUACUCGGCCUUCACCACCCGGCAUACUCACUGGCUCCGGCUCCCGGAACUCCCCCAGCCACGAGCCCGAAUUCCAGGACCCGACGGGGCCGGACCCACCAACAUCUCCCACAUCCUUUUCGGCAUCGGAGGCUCCCGCCGCACCUGGCACGACCGCAGCCGCUACUCGUCCCUCUGGUGGGAGCAGAACUCCACCAGGGGAUUCGUGUGGCUCGACGAGAAGCCCGCGGAGAACGUCUCCUGGCCCGAGGGCUCGAUCCCGUACCGGGUGUCCGAGGACGCGACCCGGUUCAAGUCCUCGAGCUCCAAGUCCGCCCCCCGCAUAGCCCGGAUUGUCCUAGAGAGCUUUAGGCUCGAGCUGCCGGACAUGAGGUGGUUCGUGAUGGGGGACGACGACACGGUAUUCUUCACGCAGAACUUGGCCACGGUGCUAGCGAAGUACGAUCACCGUCAGAUGUGGUACAUCGGUGGCAACUCGGAGAGCGUGGAGCAGGACCUGAUGCACGGGUACGGAAUGGCCUUCGGCGGCGGCGGGUUCGCGAUUAGCUACCCGCUGGCGGCCAAGCUGGCCGACAUACUCGACGGCUGCCUUGACAGGUACUCUCAUUUCUACGGGUCCGAUCAGAGGGUUUGGGCGUGCGUGCUCGAGGUCGGCGUGCCCCUCACCAUCGAGCGCGGAUUCCACCAGAUUGACAUUAGAGGGGACCCGUAUGGCAUUUUAGCGGCACACCCGGUGGUGCCUCUCGUGUCGCUCCAUCACCUGGACGAUGUGGAUCCGAUAUUGCCGCAGCAGACCCAGAUCGACUCGUUGAAGGCCUUGAUGGACCCGUACCGGAUCGACCCAGCCCGGAUUCUCCAACGGAGCCUUUGCUACGACCCAAAGCGAAAGUGGUCGAUAUCUAUCUCAUGGGGUUACACAAUCCAGAUCUAUCCGUCACUGGUGACGGCAAACGUGUUAGAAACGCCGUUUCAGAUGUUCAAGACCUGGAGGACUUGGGGCGAUGGGCCAUUCACGUUCAAUACCCGGCCUGUGAGCUCCGACCCGUGUAGCCAGCCGGUUAUCUAUUUCGUGGAUACGGUUGAGGAGGUGGGUUGGACUGGGUCUUUGACCACUUAUAAGAGAUCCGAUUUGAAAGGAGGCAGAGGCUGUAAGAGAGCAGAUUACGAUCGUGUGUUGGCAGUGCAGAUGAUUACGGUCUCGUCCAUGAAGAUGGCCCCGGACUAUUGGAAUAAGGCACCACGCAGGCAGUACUGCAAAAUCGUGGAUCGGGGAAGCAUCAGGAGCGGGAGCAUGCAUAUUAGGAUCAGAAAGUGUAGAGCACAUGAGAUGAGAGCAUCGCCAUUUGACCCUUAGCAAAACAGGUUGAUCCUAUGCUGCAUAUAAAGAUGAGUCAGAGCUACUUAGAGAGAUUUCGAGAGAGCAAUGAGAUGUAUGCAAACUCGGUCGAUCGUUAGGACACAAACUUCUCAGACUGAUACCAGAGCAAAACUGACGCGGAGCACUAUGUACUUAGCGGACAAAUAGAUAAAUCUCCUAUGUGAUGAGUGAUGGUUACUUAGGAGUAUUGACAAUGUUUUCUAUCACAUAUUGUUCGUCCUUU